CUAGUUUGGAGGAGGGUAAAACGAUCCCAGAUCAGUGUCUGUGUCGGUGUCAAGCCUGCUCUCGCGCUCGCUCGCAGCGCCGCCAGCCUCGCGAUAGCCUCGCCUACCGACACUGGAAUCAAAGCUCCGCUCGCGAGCUGGAUGCUGCUGACAGGCGCGCGCUGUGCGGUCAUCAUGCAAAGGUUACACUGGAUCCGUGUCAAGAAGCCGCUCCCCGGCAGGACCCUCUGGGGCGACAACAUGCGAGACGUCUAGCGGCGACGAAGACGGGACUGACGUCUCUCCCCUCACUCUUCUCCCAGGUUUUGUUUUCUUUUCGCGGUCGUGUUCGGCUGCGGCAGGUGCCAAAAAAACAAAAACAAAAACGAUGAACGCGAUAAGUUCGAGAUUUCCGCGAACGGCAGUGUGUGCUCUGGCUCCUCUCGGCGGUAAAGUGGCUUCAUGAGUGUCCAAAGUAACAGUGGAAGUGGUGGUGGAAGUUUGGAGGCGACGCCAUCUUGGUCGCAGCUCUCCUCGUCCCCUACGAUUUCUCAACAACACAUAACGGCGACCGCAAAGAGCAAGGAAGGAGCGAUGGAGGAGCUGCACAGCUUGGACCCCAGGAGACAGGAGCUGCUGGAGGCCAGGUUUACAGGAACUGUCAGCGGCAAUACGGGAGGCAGCACUGGAAGCGCCAGUGGAGGUGCAAAGGGUCUGGCUAACGAAUCCUCAAACCACAGCUACGGGAGUCUGGGGUCAUCCAGUGACAAGGAAUCGGAGAACUCUGAUUUGAAAAGAGGGAGCUCCCCUGCCUACUCAACCCCAGAGAAGAAGCACUCCGAGUCGUCCAGGGGCCGGAAGAGGAAAGCCGAUACAUAUUCUGAGAGCAGUCAAGGGAAGACUUCUACGCGUGGGCCGAAGAUCAGCGACUUCUUUGACUUUCAGGGAGGAAACGGCUCCAGUCCGGUCAGAGGCCUCCCAUCGGCUCGCCGCUCCCCACAGAGCUCGCAGUCGGCCCCGGGCUUAAUUAUCCGUCAGAACAGCUCCUCUCCCACCAGCCUGUGUUUCGCCGAGCACAGUCUCAAAGCUUCUUUAAGCAAAUGUGUCCAGACGGAGCUGACGGGCCUGAAGCUUGCGGCCCUGGAGAGCAACAAGAGUCUGGACCUGGAAAAAAAAGAAGGGCGGAUAGACGACCUGCUCAGAGCCAACUGUGACCUUCGGAGACAGAUUGAUGAACAGCAAAAACUCCUGGAGAAAUACAAAGAGAGACUCAACAAGUGCAUCACCAUGAGCAAGAAGCUGCUCAUAGAGAAGAGCACCCAGGAAAAGCAGUCGAGUCGCGAGAAGAGCAUGCGGGACCGGCUCCGACUCGGGCACUUCACCACGGUCCGACAUGGCGCGUCCUACACGGAGCAGUGGACUGACGGAUACGCAUUCCAGAACCUGAUCAAGCAACAGGAGAGCAUCAACCAGCAGAGGGAGGAUAUUGAGCGGCAGAGGAAGCUGCUGGCAAAGCGGAAACCUCCAAACCCGGCGUCCCCCUCGCUGUCGGUGGCGUCCACCUCUGAACCGAAGCAGCGCAAAACUAAAGUGGUCAACGGCAACGACUCUGACCCCUUCCUCAAGCCCUCCCUGCCCCAGCUACUGACCCUCGCUGAGUACCACGAGCAGGAAGAAAUCUUCAAGCUUCGGCUCGGACACCUAAAAAAGGAGGAAGCAGAGAUCCAGGCGGAGCUGGAGCGGUUGGAGCGGGUGAGGAACCUUCACAUCCGGGAGCUGAAGAGGAUAAACAACGAGGACAGCUCAGCUUUCAAAGACCAUCCUACUCUGAACGAGCGGUACCUGCUGCUGCACCUGUUGGGCCGGGGCGGCUUCAGCGAAGUCUACAAGGCAUUCGACCUGUUUGAACAGCGCUAUGCAGCUGUGAAAAUCCACCAGCUCAACAAGAACUGGAGAGAGGAGAAGAAGGAAAAUUACCACAAGCAUGCAUGCAGAGAGUACCGGAUACACAAGCAGCUGGACCAUCCCAGAAUAGUCAAGCUGUAUGACUAUUUCUCCCUGGAUACCGACACGUUCUGUACUGUCCUCGAGUUCUGUGAAGGGAACGACCUGGACUUCUACCUGAAACAAAACAAGCUGAUGUCAGAGAAAGAGGCCCGCUCCAUCGUCAUGCAGAUCGUCAGCGCCCUGCGCUACCUCAACGAGAUCAAGCCGCCCAUCAUCCACUACGACCUCAAACCAGGGAACAUCUUACUGGUGGACGGUACCGCCUGUGGGGAAAUCAAGAUCACAGACUUUGGUUUGUCCAAGAUAAUGGACGACGACAACUAUGGCGUGGAUGGGAUGGACCUGACAUCACAGGGGGCGGGGACCUACUGGUACCUCCCACCAGAGUGUUUUGUCGUGGGGAAAGAACCACCUAAGAUCUCCAACAAGGUGGACGUGUGGUCGGUGGGGGUGAUCUUCUUCCAAUGCCUCUAUGGACGCAAGCCGUUUGGUCACAAUCAGUCGCAGCAGGACAUCCUCCAGGAAAACACCAUCCUCAAAGCCACAGAGGUCCAGUUUCCAGCUAAACCUCAGGCCAGCACAGAGGCCAAGGCGUUUAUCCGGCGCUGUCUGGCCUAUCGCAAGGAGGACCGCUUCGACGUUCACCAGCUGUGCUCCGACUCCUACCUUCUUCCUCACAUGAGACGCUCGAACUCAUCCGGCUCGCUGCAGCCCACCGCCUCCACCCUCCCCACCUUCUGACUGACGCCGCCCUCAGGUCAACGUUAACACAGGAUUGUCAGAGUUGGAGGACAAUAAAUGAAAUGUGGACCUUUUUUUUUUUCUUUUCCUUCCCCUCUACGUUUCAAGAAUGGACAAUUUAGCAACCAGUAAAGUGGGGGGAAAAAAUGGAAAAUGGAAGAAGAUGGAAGGAAGUGUUCGACCGAACAUAACGAUGACCGAGAGAGAGAGAGGCAAAAGAGGGAACUGGAGAAGCCAGAACAGAGAGUGAACCAAGUGUUUCUGCUUUAACCCUUAGAAGAAUCCAAAAUCAGUAUAUGACCUCCUCUAGUUGCACUCUAUGUAUAGUAAAAUACAAACCAGAUGACUGUAAACGCAAAAGCAUCUGUGAGCAGCAGUGGGUGUGGAAAAUACUCCCUUCAUUUCAAACGGAACAAAAAAAAAAAGACAGAAUAAAUCGUCCCGUCUCAUCGAGUUUCCUCUGCACGCAACGGGGAUUCGUUUUCAAAGUGAUGUAACCCUGACGGGGGAGGAGGGGGUUAAAUUUGCACUUCCUGUCCCAAUCGGAAGCAGUUCGGGUCUGCCGAAAGUGGAUCUUGUCUUAAAUCUUUUUAUUUUCUCGUCGUCGUCGUCCAGGCAAGAGUCCGAAGGUCCGAGAAGCGACAUGUUGCGACGCAGUUUGGACUCCAUACGGACGCGGAGUCUGUUGUACAUUUCUCACUAUAGCAGAUGUAUUCUAACAAGGCUUUUCCCCGCUUUGCUUUCUAAGUGUCCUCCCCUAUCUGUCUGUUUCCUCUCAAAAGCUGUUCUUCAGUUCGCUGCUAGCUAUAAAUGUUGCUUUUAGUUUAUUUUUGACAAUGGGAAUGAGUUUUCACCGCGCGUCGGCCGCGUACUUGAACUUUUCAGAGGAAAUUUCCAGAACCUGUCGUUUUGAAAGAAUGAGUUGUUUUUUUUUUUCCUUCUGCAGCCAACAUCAAAAUGUCUCCUCAGAUUUCUGUUUGCUUACUGACUUCCUUAGAAGACCUAGUGUGCUCUGUCGUGAGGAAUAUUCCCGCCUGUCCCCGUGCCAGAGGAGGUGAGAAAAGUUACUGCGUUUUAUUAACUUCAGCUGGAUAACAAAUGGAUAUAUCCACAAAAAAAAAAAUGUUGUCAUGGUGUAAAUAAAAACAACUCUUACCUGUU